UUGAUCGCGCUAUGGUAGUUUAUGCAAUGGAUUGAAUAUUGAAUUUUCGCGAAAUUGAUUUAAUUAAAUUUUCACGCGUACUCUAACGGUCAUUUUUAAAAUUAAUAUUGUUAGACGGAGACGCCGAUAGACAGAUAAUAGAUAACGAUACACAACGAUGGAUGGGGAAGGUUAACCAUGGUAAAAGUCGUUACGCGCGCUGAACUAAUUCUGCAUUUGGGAUCAAGAAACGAGUUUGGAGUUUACGCUGUAACCUGCAGAUAAAGAAGUUUAUUCUGAAUCAGAGAUUUGAACAGUGCAUGUUUCGUCAUCUUUUUUUUUCGGGAUAUAUUUACUUUCAAUAUUAGUCGUGAUUUUUUGUAAGUGCUAUAAAAUAUUUUCAACACUUGUCGAGUACCGAAUCGUUGUAAUUUUCGUUCACGAUGGAAGGAUCCAAUCCUAUAUUACCGAACUCUUGGAGUAGAGGCAAAACCAAAGAUAUUUUACCUAGUUACCGUUAAGGCAUGGAAUUCUGUAAUACUCUUAUGCCCCAUUACAAAAUGGAAUAUUUCGAAUCAUCGAUGGAUCUGUGUCCGUUGGAAUCGUUCAAAGGAUUUAACGAUCGAAAUUCAAUUUAUCCGUUAUCAGAGUCGAAUUCGAAUCGUACAGUCGACGAAUGUAUCCAUUGUAACGAUCGACCUGACUACGAGUGCAUCGAAUGCACUUGUCAAAUUUGUGGUCACAAGACACGAGCUGCGAAACGCUACAGAUGCAACACAUGCAAAAAAGUGUUUCACGAAUGGUGCCAAAACAUCUCGGAUAAUAUAUCGGCGUCGGAUCAUUGGCAAUGCACCAAUUGCCUACCACCGGCAAAGGAUUUUGCCGCAAGUGGCAAAGAAUUGGUACCGGUUAAUAAAUCCAACAGACAGAUAGCGAUUCGUCCUAUUCGGAAGAUGCAUCAUGCAUCACGAACAAGCCAAUGUACCAUAGUUCCAGCGAACCAUUUUGGACCUAUACCGAAUAUACCGGUGGGAACUUGCUGGGAAUAUCGACUGCAAGCUUCCGAAGCCGGUGUUCAUCGUCCUCUCGUAGCCGGAAUUCAUGGCCGAGAAAACGAAGGCGCGUACAGCAUUGUCAUCAGUGGCUGUUACGCGGACGACUUCGAUAACGGCGAUGAAUUCUUCUACUCCGGGUCUGGAGGAAGAGCCAGUGAUCCAUCGAAACGUUUAAGCGCUCAAAUUCGUAAUCAACUUUUGACCAAAUCAAACAAAGCCUUGGCGUUGUGUUGCGAUUGUCCUUUGAACGACAGAGAAGGCGGUACGGCUAAAAAUUGGAGAGCUGGAAAACCCGUUCGAGUCAUCCGAAAUUAUAAAUUAGCCAAGUUUUCGAAAUAUGCUCCGACUGAGGGAAAUCGAUACGAUGGCAUUUACAAAGUUGUGAAAUAUUUCCCUCAAAAAGGAGCCAGUGGAUUUAUGAUAUGGAAGUAUCUGUUGAGACGCGACGAUCCUACUCCGGCUCCUUGGACCGACGAAGGAAAACAAUUGAUAGAGCAGCUUGGAUUGAAAAUUAUUAAAAUCUCGCCCGAUAUCAUCGAGGAAGCCGAAGAGUACGAAUACACGACCAUUAAACUGGAAGUAAACGAAGCCGAACCGUUUAAGAAGAAGUUUAAACGCAUACGGUGUAAAGUUACAAAUUUGUGUACUACUGAAACACGUUCUUCAUCUUCUCCAAGAACACGGUCACAAGUGAAAAUUUCGACCAGUCUGUUCUCGACGACUACAACGACGACGAAGUUUAAAGAAGAACGUUUGUCGCCUCCUCCUUCUCCAACCUCGUUCAACACAUCGUACGAAGACGUAAAACCUAUAAUACCCAGACCAUCGUUAGAUGUUUCCGAAUAUCCGCUUAUCAGAAACAUAAAAUCGUCUCCUCCGCACGAGCCAACGAUUCCUUCGUUCGAGCUAACGACGACGACUCCUUCGCACCAGCCAACGACUCCAUCGUUCGAGCUAACGACUCAAUUGCACGAUCCAACGACUCCUCCGAUUCCUGCCAUAAAGUGCGAAAAAGUAGAAAACGACGAUACAAAUGACGGCGCGAAUUCUAGCGUACAGAUGACUUCGUUUACAGAUGAAAGCUCGUGCGUAUCGAACCCAACGUGCACCGGAGCACCGAUGUUGCCAGGUUUUUCAAUCGGCUGUAUUCAAAGUGUGCAUUCGACGUCGACUGAAUUUACGCAAUCCAUGUCCCGUAUGAGUUAUCUUGAUAACGCGUACAUGCCACCUACCUACCUGACCAGCAGUAUUAACGAUACAUUCACAAACCACGAAAGAACUUAUUUCCCGACGAAUAAUUACAUCCAACCUCCGGAGCCGCUUCCCAUGUUGAAAAUGACCGUGUCAAAUGUACGUUCGUUGGAUACUACAAAUGAUACAUGUGACUUUGGUUUUAAGCGAAUCAAGCUAAGUAAACCGAUUUCAUUGAAACCUGCCGAUCCGGUUGUGCCAGAGUCACCUCCGAAGGAAACGACAUCCGCAAGCGAAACCAAUGAUGAAGAAAAAUCACCGAUGUCCGUUACGAAAGAGAACGGAGCUUACGAAUUAAGCGAUCAUAUCAAAGACCUGAUUGGCAAGGAUAUUUUGAAUAAAUGUUGGUGGGAUUUGUGCUUGGAGAAGUACUUACCUCUUGGAAAACAAAGUUUCAUCGAAAAUGUUCGCCAAAUUUUCACGUGUCCUUGUUGCCAUAAAAUAGCUGAGAAACCGGUCACAUUAAAAUGUGAUAAUAGACAUAACGCUUGUUUCAACUGCAUGACUCAUCGAUUUGACGUUUUUAAAGCUAGAUCGUGUCCAUCAUGCCAGGAAUUGUUCGGUCCGUCGACGAAAUUACGAAUCAACGAAACUUUAUCGUCGAUUUUACUGGCAUUAUUUCCAGAUAAUAACUUAGAAUUAUCUUAUUCCGUUUAAGAAGAACAUUUUUAAUUUGUAAACAUCUUAUUUCCGUCGGAAGUAUCCUAACUCGCGUUUUUUGAAGUCGGUUUAGUUGUAGUUUUACGUUUCGGGGGAAGGGAAGUAAGUUUGUUGAAUGUUAGAAGCUUUUCCUGUUUUUUUUUCUUUUAUUUUUGUUUGUUUUAAUUUUACUUCUCGACGAGAUGUCUAUUUGAUCUUCGCACCCUAGAGUGAGAUUCGUUUUGGUAUAUUUGAAAUUAAGUUUUAUAUUAUGAAAUCGUGUUUAAUGUUAGGAUUUCUAUUACUCACGGUGCUGAGGUUGAUUAGAUUUUUCAUGUUUUAAUUUUACCAUAAUCUUACCAUAAGUCAAGUGCAUUAUUCAUGUUAAAAAUUUAAAUCAUGUUUCAAGCGAGGGGACUGAUUUAAAAAAUCACUAGUGAAAAUUUACCUUUUUGUUUACGUUUUCAAAAAGAAACCAUGUUUUUUACGAAUUUUUUAACCUCUUGAAAAACUUGAUUUUGUAAGAAUAGUGAUUUUUUAAACGAGCCUUUCAACUGGUGUAUCUUGAAUCAACAUGAUGACUAUUCCUUUUUCCAGUUGUUUUUUGUUUAUAGUUACUAGUUAUGCAUUUUAUUAAGUUUACGUGUUUAAAAAUAUAAGUUCUAAGCGCAGAACAGUUUAUCGGAUUAUGAUUUCUUCCACCCUUUUCAUCACUUUUGAUUUGUAUUUUCAAUAUUUUGCUGUGAAUCUUAAGGAUUAAGCAUUCAUCAAGGCUGUCUUUUUUUUUCUCAUUCAAAAAGUGCUUAGAAAUAGUAUACGUGUAACCCAGAGUAUGAUUUUCCGUUGAUUCUUCCAAUUUUACUUCGUAGCCGGUGGGUAUAUAUCAUCUACAAAAAUACAGUUUUUUGUUAGCGCUUUUUUUUAAAAAAAUCAAAUAUUAUAAUUUUCUAGUUAUUAAUUAUUAAUGCUGUGUGUUUUUAAUAAAAACGAAAAACUAU